CACAUGAUGGUCUAAGAAAAUCUUUUCAUAAAUGUGGAUACAUAAGCUGUGGGCAGUCCUAGCGAUGCGAUUCAGGCACUCUGUCAAACUGGAAAGCUCUGUUUGCUGCGUGUUUUAUGUCAGCACAAAUCUAAUAUGCUCAAGAUGGAGUUUGCCCUUGUGAAUUUACAUUGUUGGUGGUUAUCUGUGGUUCUGGAAGAUUCUCCGGAAAGCAGAUAAUGGUACAUGGCUACACCUCUGUCUUCCUUUCAAGCAUCUGUCUGUCAGGCCUCCUGUCUGUACCCUGCUGUGAAGCCUGCAGCCCCUGGUCAAUCACAGCCUUCCUGUGCUCUGAAAAGACUUGUCUUAAUAUGGGCUAAUCAUCUCAAACUCAAUUUUAUUAACAUGGCUCUGAAGAACAGAAACCAUCGAAUGCCCUUUAUCGUGGAGGGAGUCGAAGAAUCUCCCUGAUUUUUUUUCCACAGACUGAAGUACGUCUAGAAAAAUCUGUAACUGGAUUGUAAUGACGUCUUUAGCUAAUAAGAAAAGAAGCUGGGAAGAUCAUGUGACCAACUGGCCAGGCUUUACAAUUGAUUCUGUUGAUUCUUGUGCAGACUGUUGUCAUGGACUUGUGGCUGAUAAUCUAAAACCAAGUAUGGAAAGCAAUGAAAUCUCAAAAUCAGAUGAGGAACGAUUUUCCAGUAUAUCUUUACCAGAAUGUUAUCAUAAUUCCGAUCUGUUUGGACUUAAAUCAAAGCAACUGUGUGGCCAUAGAGAAGAAGUGGAUGAAAAUGAUAAUCAUGAGAGUGAGGAAUACAUCCUCUCAUUAGAAGCAAGCACAGAGACUCUAGUUCACGUAUCUGAUGAAAGUGCAGACCUCAGUUGUGAGGAUGAUAAUGGUGCAGGAGAAGGUAAGACCUCAGGGUCCGAACAAAUUCCAGAUGAGAUUUCCCCAUUUGAAGAGAUCAACCAAGUGACCAAGAAUACAUCUGAGAAUUUUGGAAUAGAUAUUGAUCCCAAUUAUGAUUCAGUUCCUGAGGAAGACACAAAGUGUGAUGCGAAAGCAAACGAGUCUGAACACCUGGAACCUUUAGAACUAUUAGAUCAGGGGAAUUUACCAAAAAGAGAUCUGGGUAAGGAUUUUGAUGCAAUUAUUCCAGGAGAAGAGCUUGUCCACACUGCAGUGAUUGCACAGCAGCGUAGGAAACAUGAAAUGUUGAAAGACGAAUAUGAUGGGGAGGAAUCUAAAACUACAGAUGAAAUAUUGGUUCAUUCAUGCCAUGUCACUGAUGAUGACAACCAAGCAACAGAGGAUAUCCCUGUGAAUUGUAUUGUUGAAUCACAGUCAGGCUCGAAGGAAAUUUUGGAUCAAUCCUUUCUGGAGCAAAUUAGUCUAAAUGCUGGACAAGCUCAGAAUGGUUCCGAUAUUGGGAAUAUUAGCACAAAUAUUUCAAAGCAAAUUCCUCAAAUAUUAAAUUCACAGGAAAAUACAAAUGAUUAUAAUUCUGUGGAUUACCCCAUAAAACUUCGAAAGAGAAAGGAAAUGAAGGAAGAUCGCGAUCGAGCACGGCUAGAUUCCAUGGUGCUGCUCAUUAUGAAAUUGGAUCAGCUUGACCAAGAUAUUGAGAAUGCUCUCAGUGCAAGCUCGUCUCCAUCCAAUACCCCGACUGUUAAAAGAAGACAUAUUCCUGAGUUGGAAUCUGAUUCAGAAAAUGGAGCAGAUGUUGUAGUGAUCAAUCAAAACCAAAAAUUGCAUCUUGCCAACUCACAACUUGGACCAAUAUCUACAUCAGCAGGUCCGGGUGCUAAACCAAAGACUGUGGCAAUGCCGAUGAUAUCAGAAAAAGGAAAGGCUGAGAGCGAGGCCAAGGAGGCCUGUGAUUGGUUACGGGCAGCAGGUUUCCCACAAUAUGCACAGCUGUACGAAGAUUUGCUGUUUCCUAUUGAUAUUUCUUCAGUGAAGAGGGACCACGAUUUCCUGGAUCGAGAUGCAAUUGAAUCUCUUUGCAGACGAUUGAACACCCUUAACAAAUGUGCUGUGAUGAAACUUGAAAUAAGCCCACAGAGAAAAAGGAGUGAAGAUUCAGAUGAAGAUGAGCCUUGUGCUAUCAGUGGCAGAUGGACUUUCCAGAGGGACAGCAAACGAUGGUCACGGUUAGAAGAGUUUGAUGUUUUCCCACCGGCAGAGGUGACAGAUGUCAUCUCCAGUGAUGAAGUUUUGUUGAAGAACGCAGUGAGUCAUGAAAGUGUGCUGACUGAUCUAAGUGAGCGGCAGGAAGUAGCAUCGAUUCACAGUGCCAGCAGCACAGGGAGCAGCAGCACAAACUUGCAGAAGGAUGUGGAGGCCAAACGGACAAAUUCUGAGAUAAGUGUAAUUUCCUCAGGGAACUCUACUACAAAUGAAGACUCGUUCAGCAACCUCCCUUCACCAACAGAUGUCUCCAGUUUUACCUUCAGUGCAAAAGCUGAAAGGAACACAAAAUCCAAGGCUAAGAGCUUCUUGAAGAGAAUGGAGAGCCUGCGCAUUAAAAGUUCUCACAGCAAAAAGAAACUUUCUUCAAAAAAUAGCCUGGUCAUCAGUGGACCUGUGCUCCAAGAAGGUAUUGAUGAGGAAAAAUUGAAACGCCUGAACUGCAUUGAGAUAUCUACUCUCAAUGGCAACAAUGCCAAUGCUUCUAUGACACAAAAUCAGAGUGUUUCUUAUUCUACACAAGCCAGUAGCAGCAGCAGCCAAUCGGAGACCAGUAGUGCAGUUAGCACACCCAGCCCUAUCACCAGAACUCGCAGCCGCGGCUCCUGCAAUAAGCGAAGUGGAAUGUAUUUAGAGGGCUUUGAUCCUUUCAGUCAAUCAAUGCUUAAUGAGAUCAGACAGCAAAAUUUAAAGAAUCAGAAAAGCAUGGAAGAGGACAUUAUCUUCUACAUUCCUGAGGAUCACAAGCCAGGCACCUUUCCUAAAGCACUUUCAAAUAGCAACACCUACCACACUGAUGGCUCUUCUGUGAAUUGGCGACAUGGAAGUUUUCAUGGACACAGACACAGAAGCUUGACCAGGGAGAGCAGCACUGACAGCUCAAAGGAGUCCAACUUUGGGCGGAGGCGGAACUCAUGUAGUUCGCAAGGCAGCCGUCUCAGUAUCUAUGAUAAUGUACCGGGAUCCCACCUUUACUCCAGCACUGGAGACCUAGCAGAUCUAGGGAACGAGGAGGACAUUUUCCCAGAACUGGAUGACAUUCUACACCAUGUUAAUGGACUACAAAGGAUAGUAAACCAGUGGUCAGAAAAACUCUCUGAUGAGGGGGACUCAGACUCAGCAAUGGACUCAAUUUCUCCUUGUCCUUCUUCCCCCAAACAAAUACACCUGGAUAUCGAAAAUGGCCGGGCCUCACCUAAUGCUAUUGAUAGCACUGGGAACUUCAUCAAUGAUGCAGAGGAGCAGCCUGCGAUCCAGGAGAGGAGGGAUUCAGGUGUCGGCGCAUCUCUCACAAGAUCAAACAGGCGACAGAGACUACGAUGGGGCAGUUUCCAGAUAUCUCACAGGCUGAGUUUAAAUUCAGCCUCUUUGCAGAUUAACAGCCAGUCCGUUGCACAAAUGAACCUGCUCCAGAAAUUCUCUCUGUUGAAGCUAACUGCGCUGAUGGAGAAAUACUCACCCUCGAACAAGCAUGGAUUUAACUGGGCUGUGCCCAAGUUUAUGAAGAGGAUCAAGGUUCCAGACUACAAGGACCGGAAUGUUUUCGGAGUUCCGCUGCUGGUGAAUGUUCAGCGCUCAGGACACCCACUUCCUCAGAGUAUUCAGCAAGCCAUGCGUUACCUCCGCAACCAAUGCCUCGACCAGGUUGGGUUAUUCCGGAAGUCUGGAGUAAAGUCACGUAUCCAAGCCUUGCGACAGAUGAAUGAGACUUGCACAGAUGGUGUAAACUAUGAAGGUCAGUCUGCCUAUGAUGUGGCAGAUAUGCUUAAACAGUACUUCAGAGACCUGCCAGAGCCACUGAUGACCAGCAAACUUUCAGAAACCUUUCUUCAAAUCUACCAGUAUGUCCCGAAGGAUCAACGUCUGCAGGCGAUCCAGGCUGGCAUCAUGCUGCUGCCUGACGAGAACCGAGAGGCUCUGCAGACCCUCCUUUACUUCCUCAGUGAUGUCGCAGCUGUUGUCGAGGAAAACCAGAUGACACCUACAAAUCUCGCAGUGUGCCUGGCCCCUUCACUCUUCCAUCUGAACACUCUCAAGAGAGAAAACUCCUCCCCAAGAGUGAUCCAGCGGAAACAAAGCCUGGGCAAGCCUGACCAAAAGGACCUGAACGAAAACCUGGCCGCUACGCAGGGUCUAGCCCACAUGAUCGCCGAGUGCAAGAAACUUUUCAAGAUUCCAGAGGAAAUGAUGAGCCAGUGCCGUAACUCUUACAUGGAGCAGGAUUUGCAGCCAGUCACCUUGGAGCAGCUGGGCCAAACCAGCAAUGGUGAAUCGUCUGACUACCGGGCUCAUCUACAGAAUCACAUGCAUUCUCUGCUGAAGGAAGCCAAGGACAAGUUUAAAGGCUGGGUCAAUUGUUCAACGUCAGAGUCAGCAGAGCUAGCCUACAAAAAGGUUUGUGAUGGCCCGCCUCUGAAACUAUGGAAGGCUUCUGUUGAAGUUCCUGUUGCCCCGGAAGAUGUUCUCUGGCGGAUACUGCGUGACCGCCAUCUCUGGGAUGUUGACCUACUUAGUUCGAAGGUCAUUGAAAAUUUGAAUAGUCAAACAGAUAUCUAUCACUACGUGCAAAGCAGCAUGGCCCCACACCCAACCCGAGAUUACGUGCUCAUAAGGACCUGGAAGACAAAUUUGCCUAGGGGCAGCUGUGCACUGGUGGCCACGUCGGUAGAGCACAAUGGAACAUCAGUGGUUGGCGGAGUCCGAGCUAAUGCCCUUACCUCACGAUAUCUAAUAGAGCCCUGCGGGUCAGGGAAGUCUAAGCUCACCUACUUGUGCAGGAUAGACACAAGGGGAAGGAUGCCAGAAUGGUACAAUAAAGUUUUUGGACACUUGUGCGCAGCGGAAGUUGUUAGAAUACGGGACUCUUUUAUUAUUCACGGCUCCGGCAGUCAAGAAACCAAGCAUUAGGGGACACCUUCCAAUAAACUAGCCUGUUAACUCUGAAGCACGGUGCUUCAAAGAAUAAUGUUUGAAAGGAAACUGGUGGACCUGCAUUAUACGUUUAUGAGAGGUCUGCAUGAAUCAGACCUUGAAUAGAUGAUUUUAUUUUUUAAAGAAUUCUUAAUUUUGACUGUAACGAUAUACUUUAAAAAGCUGCUUAAUUCAUUCAUGAGGGCUGAGAUAUAGACCUUUACUGGAAUACAGUUGGAAUAAUGGUCUUUAUUAAAAAUGAAGUGCAAAGUUGCAUUGCAUUUCCUUGUUUAGUGGCCACAAUUGCUUCUAUGAAGCAUCAAGCAUUUUGUGUAAUGUAAAUCAAGCCCUGGUGCAUACUUGUGAUUUUUUUUUCUAUUAUUCUCCAUAACUUCCUUGUUUAUGAAACAUUGUUGUUAUUUUCAGAGUUGUGCUUUUCUGUUUCGCUUACUUGGUUCAGUUAUCUAGCUAGCAUGGUGCACCUGGAGGCGUGUGUGAUUGAGGAUGUUUCUAAGCAAUUGAAAUGUGGGAGAUUGUGUAAAGAGUGGUGUCUGGUACACUUCUUGCUUGGAACAUAAUUUGCAUGGCAGAAUGACACCCAUCAAUUGAGGGUCCAGUGGAAUUUAAGGUUUCAAUAUUGUAACUUAUGCAAAAGACAAUGAGGACCACUUUAGGGCCACUUCUCUCCGUCGGAACUUUGUUUCUUUCUCCCCCUCAUGCUAGAGUCAUACUAAUUUCUACAUCUGAGAGUCUUCCCUGCCUAGUAUUUGAAUAGGUUUCCUUGGAGAACACUCUUAAACCCAAUAAAUCUUUGAUUGUACAGCUAAGACACUAGUUAUGUCUUUAAAGUUGGAAGGGGGAUUCUUUUGAUGAACAAUACCUCAUUUUUUUUCGUACCCAUGAUUCAAGAUCUUCAUGUAGUCUUGAAAGCUUCGAGGGAUAGAAGCAAUUUUAAAAGCAGUGACAGGUCUACAUUUUACCAUACCAAAAACAAACUAGGCCACGUUUUUAAUAAAAGGCAUGUAGCUUCAAGGUGAAGGCAAUGUUCUGAACUUGUUGCCAUGGAGUAUUAAAUGAUGUAUCUUUUAAAAACAAUACCAGGAAUUGUCAUGAAAGAGAACAUCCUGGAUCUUUACUGGGAGCCCGCUGCAUGUAUUUUAGUCAGUUCUAUCUGUUUUGCAUUGUGAUAAUGUUAGAUAAACUAAAAUAGUUCUUGAGUAGGGUGCCACCCUUUAUCACCCUACAUCCCCUUUUGCAGCAGAUUUCAAUAUCCCAACAUCACCUUCUGCUGAAAAUUGACUCUGAAAACCAAGGCGUGCAAUAUUUUGGCUUAAGGUGCUAACUUGCAACCUCCUCGAACAUCUUCAACCCAUCCCACUUAGUUUCAUGUUGUCAGGAGAAAAAUAUUUACCAUGAUAGUCUCUGCACCACGAUUGCUAUCCUGAGCAACAUCCAUUGAUGCUAAUUCAAGGUUAGGCUUGGCAGACUCUUCCCAACUGGCUGCCAGUGAUAGGAAGAUAUUUAAAAACGCAAACAACAGGAAUUCUGCAGAUGCUGGAAAUUCAAGCAACACACAUAAAAGUUUUAAAAGUUUUAUGUGUGUUGAUAGGAAGAUACUUAUGUUUUAAAGGAUGCCAUUACAGUGGUUUUGAUUUGGAGCAGAACACUUGAGAUUGUUAAAAUUCUAUCAUGGAAAAUGAUGGAGACCUUUUUUUCAGAAAUCUGAUUUUUAUUCGAUUUCAAAGAAAAAAUAUGAAACAAAUUGUUACAGAAAAUACAAAUCUGAAGAAAGUAUUCAGGAACUCUCCUGCCUUCUACUUUAUCACUCUGUUCUUUCCUUACCUCCCCCAUUUCUGUGUUUGUUUUAUCUCUAUGUUUUCCUUGCUUUGAUGAAAGGUCAUUAUUGGAAACAUUGUUUCUUUUUCCGCAGAUGUUUUCCUGCCUCUCUAAGUGUUUCCAGUAUUUAUUAUAUAUAGAACAAGGAACAGCAUAUCCAUGAAGGUUACUGAUUAUGGUAGAAACCCUGAUAGUGACCUGCCAGGAAAGAGAACUGGCAAGUGCUAACUGUUUCAAUCCCAAGAUACAUGUUUCAGUCUAAUGGGCCAGCAAGCUUUAGUCAGGAGUUCAAUCACAACCAUUUCAGGGGUGCUUCUGGUGUCCUGAGAUGAAAUAGAUGGAAGUUACUGGAUUUAUUUUUGGCCUUCCAGUCUAGGAUCUUGGCUGGGAUCCACAAGACACUACUUUCAAGAGAAGUCUGGUUUAUGUUCGUGAAUCCCCACCUAAUGCAAUGACCCAGAGGCCCCGUUCUUAAAGCAACCUCCAAACCUUGAAGGAGGGAGAUAUUUGAAUUUCAAACACAACUCUGCCAAUGUUACAGUUAAGAUGUUCUGCGUUUACAGGGCCCAUGCAGUAAUACAAAAUAAUAUUGUGUUUUGAUUGUGUAUGUGAUGAAUAUGUUUUCCUUGGACUGUAUGGCUUUUUCAUAUGUCUAUCUUAAAACUAUUCCCAGGCAUACGUGUGUGGUGCCACAUUAUUACAACUGAGUUGUGGACCUCCAAAUAAUAUUAUGAUGUAUAUUUACUUAGUUUUCAUUACAUUUCGUAUCACUCUACAAUUCCCAUCAAAGAUUUAAUAUCCAUGGUAUUAGAUAAUAUUGGAAAUAGAAAGCAACAGAGGAUGUCCAACUAUUGACAAGUAAUCCAGACAUGUUAAUGAUAAUCUAUAACCUUUUAUUGCUUUUAUUUUUGUUUUAAUUUCGGUUUUCUAUCAUCACCUGACAAUCAUAAGAGUUUGUUAGCAAUCACAGGGUGUGAGGUGCCAAGUGGUCCUCAAAUAGAAAGUAGCCUUUCUUACAGGUUUUACUGUAACAUUGCUGUUUGUUUGAGGCUUUAAAUGGAAUGUAGUUAAUGCAUAUGCUGCCAUUGGGAAUUCAAUAACCCUUUUUUAUUAUCUGGGUGCUGGAGCCCUAAGUGAGCAGAAUUUAAAAGAAGGAUUUAUCUAAUAUUGUUUAAAAUAUUUACCAUUCAGUGUUAUGUAAAGAGCAUUUAGUGAAAUUUGUGACAAUGAAAUCAAUUUUAUUAGUAAUCUAUCAGUGUUGUCCCUUCACUUUACAAUGCUAGCUUAUCUCUCUGUUUUGUUACCAGAAUUCCUUUGGUAUUUGUAUGUAGAUUUUGAAGUCACUGUAUAUACCAUUGUAUUGUAAACACAUACACAUGUCUAGCUGCAUAUUGCCAAAUAGGGAUAACGCAUGUUAUUAAUUAUUUAAAUAUUCAUGUAUUUAUACCUCAAUUAUACUUUUUGUACCUUUCUAAAAUAUUGUAAAUAUUUUACUUUGUCAAAGCUAAGGCAUAAAGAAACUAGAACGUGUUUAUAUCUUUGUAUGUCUGUACAGUUAUAACCAUCAA